AUGGUUGAUUUUCACUUAGUAAUCCUUGUUCAUGGAAUCUGGGGCAAUUCCUCACAUCUCAACUAUAUCGAAAAACAAAUUGAUGAUAAUAUCAAGCCCAUUGAUGGAAGUAGAUUGUUGGUGCACAAGACCGGCUCGCACUCAGGCUAUUUGACAUACGAUGGUAUUGAUGUCAAUGGCAAGAGGAUAGUUGAUGAAAUUCUUCAACAAACAAAGCAAAUCUCCGAGCAAGGCGAUCGCGUCACCAAAUUCUCCAUUAUUGGGUACUCAUUAGGUGGUUUGAUCUCGAGAUAUGCCAUAGGUAUACUUUACGCACAAGGGUUCUUCACUGACAUACAACCCAUCAACUUUGUCACAUUCUGUACCCCGCAUAUUGGGGUGCUGAACCCACAAACUCACAAUUUAUCAGUACGGAUCUACAAUUACACUGCGCCGCUCUUCUUGCUCGUUACUGGGUCUCAAUUCUUCCUCAAGGAUAAGGUUGGCAAACACAAUAAACCAUUGCUCGUUUGGAUGACCGAUCCAAACUCCAAAUUCUACCAAGCAUUGAAGAACUUCAAGUAUAGAGCACUUUAUGCCAAUGUGGUCAAUGAUAAGAGAUGCUCGUGGUUUACAGCUGCUAUAUCAUCUGUAGACCCUGUAAACUCAAUGUACAACAAAUCGGCAGAAAAUAUUGAAUGUGAGUACAUCAAGGGAUAUGAACCCAAUAUUAUUGACUCAGCAAAGCCAUUCCAUUAUGUGCAAAGAAAAUCAAAUACACAAACUCCAUAUGAGAAUUCCAAAUUCAGUUGGUUGUGGAAGACCUUGAACUGGAUUAAGUUGAUUGCUUACAUCACGGCGUUGUCUCCUAUUUGGGCGCUAUCAUUCAUCAUUCCCUCGAUUGUGCAAAAAAUCAAAUCCACAUUUAGACUACGCGAGUUUAACAAUAACAAGGAUAAUAAAUUAUCCCAUCUUUACGAAUACUCUGAAGAAACGUCAUCAUUAUUAACUGAUUUUUCAAACAAAAUGGAGGACGAGCAGGACACCGUUGUUGAAGACAUGUAUGGAGCAAUGAGUUACAGAACAUCGCAUUCAUCAAAGUUCCCAGAGAUCAAACUCGACCCAAACCAAUCAUAUGCGGUAGAAAAGUUAAACACCUUGACGUGGAGAAAAAUCCCUAUUCUUUUAAGGAAUACGAUGAUGACACAUGCGGCAGCAGUGGUGAGACAUCCAGAUCCAACUUUCGAUGAAGGACAAGUAGUGAUUAAACAUUUUGUAAAUGAAGUCUUUCAAUUAAAUUAG